UCGACUAGUUGAAUGUGCAACUUUUAGGUGGGCAGUUGCACUUGCACGUGCAUGUAGGAUACUCAACAGAAAACGUCCUGGAAGUCUGGAGGCGCGUCUUCUGUGGCAUCCAGAUUACUCCCAUCUGGUGCAAACCCGGUGCGCGCCGCUGCUGCCUCUUAUUCCAGGACUAAUUUCAGUCAGCGCUUUGAACCCCGAGCGCACUGCGCUGUGGCGGAGUGUAAGUGAGUGCGUUAAGUUCGAACUAGGAGCCUGAAUACGGUUUAUAUUUUAACAACGCCAAAUACAACAAAGUAUUUUGGCCAUUUCUGUUCAGCAAGAGGACUUAGAAGUAGGAUCGCACCAUGGAUACGGUCGGCGACUCUAUCGGAGAAAGUAAGCCGGUGUGCCAGUGUACCCCCAAGUCCCGGAGCCAGCGAUGGGUGCCAGGUUUCCCCAUCGCUCUGUGCUUGCUGAUGUCGAUGAGCUCCAUCACCGUGUGUCUUCUGAUGAGCUUGAAGACCUAUCAGCUGGAGAACCGACUGCAGAUGGAGUUGGACAAGGCGUCUAUCUUCCAACACCCGAAAAGGGCGUUCGUAAACGAGGAUGGGACCCUACUGUCAGAGUUGAGCACCCCAAUAGGAAAGCUCGUGGAAGAGAAAGUGGUGGCUCUGACGCCAAAAGUGCGGCCAGCGAGGGAUGUUGGCCAAGAGUGCUCCUGUCCUCCAGGGCCUCCAGGAAAACGUGGAAGGAUGGGAAGAAGAGGGGAACCUGGGCUUCCUGGUCCACUUGGCUUAGAUGGCAAACCAGGUCCACCAGGUCUGAAGGGCAGCCAGGGACCAUCCGGACCCAAGGGAGAAAAGGGUGACCAAGGAGACAUUGGGCCAAGGAUGGUUUUCCCCAGAACUGACCACGGCUUUCUCUCUCGAGAGCCGACCAACAGCUUUCAGAGACUCUUUCUGAAGGGUGAUCAGGGUCAGGCUGGACCUGCUGGUCCUCCCGGUCCCCCAGGUCCUCCAGGUCCCCGUGGCCCCCCUGGGAACACUGGAAAAGAUGGACCUCGUGGUCUUCCCGGAGAGCCAGGUUUUCCUGGUCGCGAUGGAGCUGAGGGGCCACAGGGACUGCCUGGGAGGCCGGGAGAAGAUGGGCAGCCUGGUUAUCCACAACAGGGUGUCCCGGGGCAAAAGGGCGAGCCUGGGAAUGCAGUAAAAGGAGAGCGAGGCAUGGAUGGACUUCCAGGAUUAAAGGGUGACAAAGGAGAAAGAGGAGAGCAAGGACUACAGGGAGCCAUGGGUUUUCCUGGUGAGAAGGGCACCCCGGGUGCUUCAGACAUCAUCGACUUCAAUGGGAAGCUUCUAGAUGCUUUGCAGGGGCCACCUGGACCGCCAGGACCUCCAGGACCUGCAGGGGAAAAGGGUGAGCUCGGGUUACCUGGACCAGCAGGAGUUGACGGGGAGAAGGGACUCAAAGGUGACAUGGGUGAGACAGGACCUCCCGGCAUGAGAGGAGAGAAAGGCGAGAUGGGUCUCUCUGGGCCUACUGGUAUGGAUGGACAGAAAGGAGAAAAAGGCGACUGCAGACUAGAUGACAACUUGGUUCAGAUGAUUUCCCAGCCAGGCCCACCUGGCCCACCAGGCCCACCGGGAAUACCUGGGCACCCUGGAUCCAUGGGGCUGCAUGGAAUGCCUGGUCCUAAGGGUGAACCAGGAGUGGGGAUAAAGGGAGAGAAGGGAGACAGUGGUCCUCCUGGAUCCAGAGGAUCAGAUGGCCUCCAAGGUCCACCUGGGUCUCCGGGCUUAGUGGGCCUUCCUGGUGCCAAGGGAGAGAAAGGAAGACUAGGAGAGCCUGGACUUGAUGGUUUCCCAGGCCUGAGGGGAGAAAAAGGUGAUCGAGGCGAAAAAGGAGACAAGGGUGACAGAGGAACAGUAGGGAAGAGAGGUCUAAAGGGCCAGAAGGGUGAACAAGGUCCUCCGGGUCUGGACCAGCCUUGUCCUGUGGGGUGCGAUGAGUCUAAAGAGCAGUCUGUGAAGGCAGCGGUUUCUUCUCCUGCAACUCCUCCUCUUCCUCCUUCUGGCCCUGAGGGCCCCUGUCCUCUGGGACGUGACGGGCUACCCAUACCGGGCUGCUGGCACAAGGAGGAAAUGGCAAGGCAGAAGCUCAAACGCAAGCGUCUCUCUCAGCCCUGAAACGGUGCGGGGCCCGGUUGGAGUAAGGACACGUAGACACGCAGAAAUCACAAGGGGCUGAUUUGCUUUUUGCAGCAGAGCCGGCCAUGUAAUGCCCCUGUGUCAAACCGAACUCUCACAUCCUCCGACAUGGAAUCUCUCCAAGAGGACGCAAACUCUGCGUUUCCACAUUCACCUCAGAGGGAAAGAUGAACCUGCUUCUGAUGUUUUGUAAAGGCUUGAGGUUUUGUGAGAGUCAAUGAUGUCACUGGCACAUAAGGAAGGAUUUUCUGUGCAGAUAGUUUGAACAUGUUAUGGUGAUCUCUUAAAUUAAUCUUAAGUCAGUAAGUAAGUUUUCACUAAUGCAUGAUCAUAACAGUUUUGUAUAACAUGCUAUCAGCUUGUAUGACUUGUGGUCCCUCAUUGAAACCUCAAAGUGCAUUGAUUUUUACAUACAAUAAGCAUUUUUUAAAUGAACAAGCCACUCAGAAAUGUUAGUCCACUUUUUUACGGCUGACGUUUAUGAUGACUUGUGCCGUUUUGUUUUAUUAUGGUAUAUUUUUACCUAUCGCCAGUUUCAUUUUUGCAUUCCUGUGCAUUACCAUGAUUGUGAGAUGACUAGGUAGUGAAACUUUAAGGUCAGAUUUGAAGGAACCAUUAACAGUAUUCAUGAUAAACCAGUGUUUCAGUUGCUUGACAAAUGUUUGCCAAUCUUGAUGCGUUUUGACUGAUUGUUAUAGUUUAGUCACAGAAAGAAAGGAAAAGAUGUUUAAUUACUGCUGCCAGUCUUUCCUGGACAACAGUAGAAGUCCUUGCUGCUGACUUAAAUGUUUGUUGUUUGUUAGAUAGCUUUGAAUCAAUAUUAGUCAUGGAAUGCAGGACUAACGCUCUAAAGAAGAAACCUUUAAUCAAACAUGCACACAGCAGUUGUUUUGGCGGUAGUUUCUUUUUCAUUCAGCAACAUCUCAGCACAGUGGUUCUAAAGUCUUUGCAGUCAGAUGACUUCAACUAGUUUGUUGUGGUUUUUGUAAUACAUUUUCCUCAGACUUACUCAUUUAUUGGUGCUUAAAUACUUUUGUGUACUGUUCAAAUAAAACACAGACACGCACAAAAACUGUAAAACAAAUGGUGAAAUGGUAAUCUGUGUUGGCUUGGACACUAUACACAGGACUGAUAAUGCAUAGGAUCAAUAUAUGCAAACAUAUACGUAUUAAUGGAAAGUGAUGUUAAGUUGUCUACGCAUUGAUAUUUGUAAUGCAGUAUUACUAUUACUCGGUAAUGAUCUUUUUGAAAGGCAAAAUACAUUUUCAGGUUAAUCAUUUUUGGCAAUCUACAGGUUACACUGGUUAGUUGUCUUCAGUACUAUUAACCCAUCACCACAGAGGCUGCUAAACAUUUUCAACUAAUGCUGUAAUAUUUCAAAUGGAUUUUAUAUUACAACAGUACAUUAGUAAUGCUGACUUUCUUGUAAUUAUAAAUAUCUUAAUGUCCUAUAACCAGGCUCACGUUAUGUUCGAGUAUGGUUUAGGCUGCAGAUCCAGUAAUUAACAAAUUUAUUAGACUACCUGUCAUUAAAAAUCAUAAAUAUUUUAGA